UGCGCCUGCUUGGUGGUGACCGGACACCCCUGCAGCCUCGACCACCAGGGAUGGGCUGACUGCACCGGGAAGAGCCUCCUGCGCCCUCCAAGUUCCCUUCCAAGCAACAUCACUGGUUUGGACCUCUCCUUCAACUCCUUGGUGGUGCCCCGUCACAGGACUCUCUUGAUGCAUUUCCCAUCCCUGCGCUCCCUCAACCUCUCUAGCAAUGCCCUGCUUGCACUGGGCCCAGAAGUCUUCUCCAACCUUGGGGCACUGCAUCUGCUGGACCUGAGCAGCUGCAGCAUCGCCCACCUCCACACGGACACUUUCCAGGGCUUGGGAAACUUGCACACCCUGCUCCUAAGAAAUAACAACCUGCGGGAGCUCGAGUCCCCUUUCUUCCUGCCGCUGAAGGCUCUUUUCCACCUGGACCUGCAGCACAAUGCGCUGGGCUCUGUGGACGCUUGGAGCCUGCAGCUGAUGGAGGCGGUUCCAGAGGUGCAGCUGGAGGGGAACCCCUGGGUGUGUGACUGCACCGUGUACCCCCUGCAGCAGUGGCUACGGCGCAGGCAAGCUGAGGACUUGACCUGCGCAUCACCCCCGAGGCUGCAGGGCCGGGAGGUCACAGCUCUGGAUUCCCAGGACCUGGGUUGCCGGAUAAAGCAGCGUUUCCCUCGGGUGGUCAGCACAGCACAGCAGACCACAGUGACCCACAGCAACACCACCACACCACCCACCGGGAAGGGAGGAAGAAGCUGGCCGUACCUGGUGGGCUUCCUCGUGGCAGCAAUUGGCAUCUCCAUCCUGAUCGCACUGGCUGCCAAGUGCAAGCUCUUCCACAAGAACUUGGCCAGCUACCGCCACCGCCCGCUGCCCGACACCAACUCGAUCGGAGGCAGCCCCAUGGAGGACGGCAGCAGCUGGGACAGGGGUUCCUCGGGCCGGGGGGCCAGCAAGAGCCACCCCAUGCCCGGUGCUGCUGACCUGCAAGCUGAGGAUGACGAUGGCUUCAUCGAGGACAACUAUAUCCAGCCAAGUGAGCACCAUGAGGAGGAAAACCUGGUGGCUUCUUUUAGUGGAAGCUCCAGUGCAAGUGGGCAGGAGCCUGGCAGCUCCCAUGGGGACAAAGGGAAUACCAGGGGGUCAGAGCAGAAAAGGAGGAGCCUCUUGAAGGGGGGCUCCCCCAGGAAGCUGCAGAAGGGCUGA